CAUUUCAAAAGAUCAGAUUAACUGCUACCAAUAAUAGUACCCCCAACCCUUAAACAUUUCAGAUAAUCACUUACAGAAAGGCAGCAGUAUACUAAAAUAUAAUAUAGAGAUCAGCCUUGCUAAGGGUUAAGCCUACUUGUCCAUUUUUGUCAUUGACAAUCCUCUAUUUCUCAAUUCGAUUUCCUCUUCCUGUUGAAGAAUAACAGAGCACAGACCACAGUGACACAAAAUAUAUAAAGAGAAAUACCGGAUGGAGCACUAGCAGCAGUUGUCAGAAAUGGCAGCAUUAGUCUCCAAAGAUUCAGAGGGUAUAUACACUGACCUGGCCUCUCCAUACCAAGAUGUGUACAGCAAACUGGGCCAGACCUCACUCAACAGCCCAGGAGCUCAGCACACAGAAAGAAGUGGACAAAGCUCACAUCCCUACAGACUGGCUGCAGUGUGUCUGAGGCUGCUGUGUGCUCUCUUAUUGGCUGCCACAUUAGUCCUGUGUGUCCUCUGUACAAGACUAUCUCAGAACUAUUCAAUGUUGGAGAGAGACCUGGAGGAGCUCAGAGGCAAUAACAUCAUGAAUAGAGAGGAAGACCAUCAGCUUCAGAGAGACUACAGCACCCUGAAACAAGAGAAAGACCAGCUACUGAGAGACUACAGCCACCUGAAACAAGAGAAAGACCAGCUACAGAGAAACUACAACAGCCUGACACAAGAGAAAGACCAGGUACAGAGAAACUACAACAGCCUGAAUCAAGAGAAAGACCAGCUACAGAGAAACUACAACAGCCUGAAACAAGAGAAAGACGAGGUACAGAGAGACUGCAACCACCUGAAACAAGAGAAAGACCAGAUACUGAGAGACUACAACCACCUGAAACAAGAGAAAGACCAGCUACAGAGAGACUACAACCGCCUGAAACAAGAGAAAGACCAGCUACAGAGAGACUGCAACCACCUGAAACAAGAGAAAGACCAGGUACAGAGAGACUACAACCUCCUGAAACAAGGUUGUCCUCAACAGCAGUUGUCAGAAAUGGCAGCAUCUACAGUCUCCAAAGAUUCAGAGGGUAUAUACACUGACCUGGCCUCUCCAUACCAAGAUGUGUACAGCACACUGGGCCAGACCUCACUCAACAGCCCAGGAGCUCAGCACACAGAGAAAAGUGGACAAAGCCCAUAUCCCUACAGACUGGCUGCAGUGUGUCUGGGGCUGCUGUGUGCUCUCUUAUUGGCUGCAACAUUAGUCCUGUGUGUCCUCUAUAUACAUCUAUGUCAGAGCUAUUCAAUGUUGGAGAGAGACCUGGAGGAGCUCAGAACCAAUAAUAGCAUGCUGAAUGAAGACCAGCUACAGAGAGAAUAUAACAGCCUGGAACAAGAGGAAGGGUGUAAACUCUGUCCACUGGGCUGGGAGCAGUUCUCCUUCAAGUGUUACUACUUCUCUACUGACAGGAAGAACUGGAUGGACAGUCGCAGUGACUGCAUUAAACGGGGAGCUGACCUGGUGAUUAUAGAUAACGAAGAGGAGCAGGAGUUCACCACCAGAGACAAAAGGAGCAGAAUCAUAUUGGAUUGGACUGACUAACUCAAAAACUAAUGGUACUUGGCUCUGGGUGGAUGGAACUCCUCUGCAGAGAGGAUUCUGGGGGAGUGGAGAGCCGUAUGAUCGUUAUGGAUUUGAUUGUGCCCAGACUAUGACUCGUGUCAGUAAAUGGACUGGUAAUCCCUGUGAUUAUAUUCAGCAUUGGAUCUGUGAGUCAAAUAAUCUGCUCCCAUAAAUCAUUUUUUUCAUUAUACGUUUUUGGCUGUGUUAUAGCAAGAGUAUCUGGCUGGUUAUGAUAUUUGAACAUGGCACCAAUAGAUAGCAAGGUUACUGUUAUACAUACUGCUGUUUUAACUAGAAAUGUGUCUGUGAGACACAGAUUUAUUCAAUGUAUUGAAAUAAAUCUACACGCAGAUAAUAUUUACAUGAUCUACAACAGUAUUUCUGUGAACUGCAGUCACCCUGCUACAAAAGUUUGUGCCUUAUGCAAUCAUUCUGUGAAAGCAUCUGCUAAUAAAAACAGCUCUCAGUACUUUAUUAAAUGAAUAAGUCACUAGAACCUGCUUAGCUGUAGCUCUCCAACCUAAGGCUGUGACCUAAAGCCAUAAACAACCACAUACAGUACUGUACACAUACCCACAAGUGAACAGCAGUUCACAUGGCAUGACAGACCUUUGGUAAGGGCUCAUAAAAACACACAAGGCACUGACUUACAUAAAUCACAAGCUAAAAAUAAAAGGUAAAAACACAACAACCCCAUAUGACAAGCAACAGUGACAGUUAAAACAGAUCUACACAAAAUAUGCAACUGUAAUUUGUGCUGCCAAGAGAGUUUGUACAGGUACAUGCUAUAUUAUUGCCCAUAAACACCUAGCUGACGAAGCAGUAAAAAUUAUAUUCCAUGUGUAUUUUGAAAACAUUUAAAAAUGUAUUAAGUUGUAUUAAGCAGCUGUGGGUAUGUCAACUUGAAACUGAAAUAAAUGAUUUCUGUUUUUUGCCAA